AUGGCAGCCAACGCCCCCCCGUCCGCCGAGACUUUGCUCAGCGGUGCCGCCGCUCACCCCCCCAAGACCGCUGAAGAGAUCGCCAACCAACACGACCUCCUGCCCCGAUUGAUCCCUUAUCUCGACCGUCACUUGGUGUUCCCCCUUCUCGAAUUUAGCUCUGGACAGGAGGAUGACAAGGAGAUUGUCCGGGCCAAAUAUGAACUGCUCAAGCACACCAACAUGACCGAUUAUGUGGCCAACCUGUGGCAGGAGAUCAACAACUCCGACUCGAUCCCCGAGGAGUUUGUCAAGAAGAGGGAGGAGGUUCUCAACAAGCUGGAGCACUACCAGGAGCAGAGCGCCAAGAUCACCGAAUUGCUGCAGGAUGAUGAUGUUGUGGGCAACCUGCGCAGCGACAAGGCUGCUAACUUGAAGUACCUCGAGGAACAGCACGGUGUCACCAACGAGAUGGUCAACAGCCUCUACGACUACGGCCGCUUCCAGUACAGCUGCGGUAGCUACGGCAACGCCGCGGAGCUGCUGUAUCAGUUCCGUGUGCUGUCCACCGACAACGACAAGGUCGCGUCCGCCACCUGGGGUAAGCUGGCCUCGGAGAUCCUGACCACCAGCUGGGACGGUGCCAUGGAGGAGGUGCAGAAGGUCAAGGAUUCGAUUGACACCCGGCUAUUCAACAACCCGCUGGGACAGCUGCAGAACCGCUCGUGGCUGAUUCACUGGUCUCUCUUCCCCUUCUUCAACCACGACCCCGCCCGCGAUGUCCUGACCGAUCUCUUCUUCUCCCCCGCCUACAUCAACACCAUCCAGACCAGCUGCCCCUGGGUCCUGCGAUACCUCGCGGCCGCCGUCAUCACCAACCGCAACCGCGUCCACAAGAACAGCAGCAUGUACCAGAAGCAGCUGAAGGAUCUGAUCCGUGUCGUUCGCCAGGAGAACUACGAAUACACCGACCCCGUCACCGACUUCAUCAAGGCCCUGUACGUCGACUUUGACUUUGAGGAGGCGCAGCGGAAGCUGGGUGAGGCCGAGGAUGUGCUGCGCAGCGAUUUCUUCCUGGUCUCCGCCGCGGACGCUUUUGUCGAGGCUGCCCGUCACCUGAUCUCGGAGAGCUACUGCAAGAUCCACCAACGGAUUGACAUUAAGGAUCUGUCUACCCGUCUUGGUCUGAACCAGGAUGAAGGCGAGAAGUGGAUCGUCAACCUGAUCCGUGACACCCGGGUGGACGCCAAGAUCGACUACCAGGAGGGCACGGUGAUCAUGAACCACCCCCCGCAGUCGGUGUACCAGCAGGUCAUUGAGAAGACGAAGGGUGCUUUCUUCCGGACACAAGUUCUGAGCGCGGCCGUCGCCAAAUAA